AUGCCAAUGUUGCUUCUCCUUGACCUUGCUGGUAGCCAGCACUUGCUGGAUGGCUGUUUCGAUGAGGCCAGUGAGGUAGAGGACGAAGAGGAUAAAGCAGCCAAGCAGGACGAUACCGGGGAGGAGCUGGCGCUGCUGGACGAGGGCGAGGAUGAUCGCGAGGAAGAGGACGGUCAAAGAGCCGACGGCUAUGGAGUAGGGAAAUAG